CAUUUAAGUAUUUAUAUAUUAUAUAUAUCGUUGUCUAAGUACCCCCAACACAAGCCUUAUUGAGCUUACUGUGGGACUUAGUCAAUUUGUGUCUGCUACCGGCUACAGGUAUUUAUCACAAUCACACUUGGGAAGCCUACAGCGUCUAAAUUCGUCGUAAAAUUUGUAUGGGGUACCAAUUCUUUCGUACCAUAUCAAUGAAAAGUAUCAAGUAUCAAGAGGGUGCGGUCUGUGUGGUGCGUAAGUAUGUAUGUAUUUGCGAACAAACGCUAGUGAACUCCCAGCUACUGUGUUGUGUCGACCAGUGAACUUUGUAGUUGUUAGUUUUACAAUUUUAUUAAAAUUUCGAGCAAAAUGCAGUCCACAACUUCUGCAAUCACCGUGCUCUUGGUGCUUUUAUCAUUAGUGUAUAAAUCGUCCGCAAUUCAGUGCUACUACUGCAACAGCGCCAACAACAGCGCCUGUCUCGACCCUAACGAGAUCGAAGAAGAGAUCCGCGGACGCAUCAUACCGGUCGUGGACUGCGCAGUCGCCAUCCCGCAGCCCAUCUCCGUGAAGUUCUUCUGCCGGAAGAUCGUACAGACCAUUUACCACACGCGACGCGAGAACGACGUGCGGAUAACCCGCGGCUGUGGCUGGAUGCCCUCUGAAAAGGCGUGCUACCGGGCGGACAACAGUGACCAUCUAGAGACCGUGUGCCAAUGCUUCUCGGACCACUGCAACAGCGGUGACCUCGUCAGCCCCGACACAGCAGUGGCUCUCUUUCUGCUACUCUCUUCAGUGCUAUAUUUCUACCGUUAAAUUUCUAAUAAACGUUCUUACACUUAA